GGUAAGGAGAAUUGACAGUGUCCAUUCAUGCAAAAUUUCAAGGCGAUCCAAGGCCUUUAAGUGUGACUUUAUUCGUCCCCCUUCCAGUAUUAUUAUAUAGAUUUGUGAUCCGAUUUGGAGUACAAUAGAUACUUAAAGAGUAACUUGAGAUUUCCGCUGAAAAAAGGUAAAAAAACAAAAGAGACAGACGACACUUAAUACAUCCUGCAAGAUGGCGACGAAGAGUCUAGUUGUCAUCAACGUCCGUUACCUUAUCUACCUUACAGUUACCGAAAUUAUUUUCGCAAUCAGAGCGGUUUGGAGACGCUUUUCCGGAAACGCUGCCAUGUUGAAACGGAUACAAGAUGGUGACUUGUACGAAAUGUCCGCACAGGUAUAUGACGUGACCUUCAAAGCAAAAGUGGGUGAGUUCUCCACGACAUCAGCCCGUGAUUUCUUUGGCCUCAAAAUGCGACUCGACCACCCUAGGUGCGUGCUACAAGACAACGUAUCCCUCUACGCUGUUGAUAAGGACAACGCUACCUUUGUUGUUACGGCACCAAAUCUGGACAUCUUCCAUUCUGACCACGGCCCGUUCUUUUACCUCGCUCAGUACAAUCACGCCAUGCAAUACAUUACCAUGCCGAUAUGGGCAUUCCACAGACUAGCAGACGAGGUUGGCGACCCAGAGGUCAAGGUCAUCUUGCUCUCUAACACUGGGAGAUGCGGUUCUACUCUUGUAUCGCAGAUGUUUGAGAGAUGCCCUGGCGUUUUAUCAGUGAGUGAACCUGAAGGCAUAUCGGCGUGUAAUAACUUCAGGUUGAAGUUGCCGAAAGACGAGUACGAACUUCUAUUCAGGAGCACGUUUAGGAUGAUUUGUAAACCACUACAGCAGCGAGACGUUAAGUGUCUUUUCAUAAAAACAAGAUGUGCUUGCGUUGUGCACAUUCCCGCUGUCGCAUCCAUCUUUCCGAAUGUUAUCCAAUUGUUCAUGUACCGCGAUUACCUAGAUACCUUAAUAUCAUGGCGUCAGACAACCAGUGAAACUAAUGUUCUCGACAAGAUUUUUCGGUUUGCAGAUGUUCCUUCCCCGAGCAUCAUGUUCGGAGAUACAGAAGGCAUGGAAUGGAUGAAAGAUGAAGCAGAACAACACGAUUUCCUCCACUAUGGCUGCCUCCACAUCUGUUGGCUGAUAUACUGCUAUCUAGAAUAUCAGAGAUCUGGGAUUAAAAUUGCUGCAUUGAAAUAUGAUGAUUUCAUGAAGUGUCCGCACGAGGUUUGCAGAAAACUCCUCAGGCACUGCGAUAUACCUGAAAAGUAUGCGACGGACGCGGUCAAGGCCAUGCAGCGUGAUUCUCAGCGUGGUACCUCGUUUAGCCGCCAGGGGCGCAACGGGCUUAAAAAACCAGCCAUUACGGAGGAAUUGUUGAGAAAAUUUGAUGGCUAUUGCCGGAGAGUUGGAAUACCACUGAUGAGUGAAUCGUUGCCACUUCCGGCAACCAUAACCACACAUUUUAGCGAACAAGCCAGCGGUGAUCAUGAAUCGUCAGCCGAUUAACUACGCUUUGGCUAUUCUUACGUGGUUGCAGUUUCCUCAGGCUGCCCUUAUACGUUAGAGUCUGUUUCACAUGCACGAAUGAGCUUAAAGAGAGAGUAUAGGCAUUGACAAUGAUCGGAUAUUGUCGUUAAAGUAGAACAUACACGGUAUGCAUAUUGUACAAUGUAUAUUUUGAAGGUCAUUAUGGCUGGUAUGAUGUAUUUACUGGGGCAGUAUUUCUGUUGGAAGUCGUUUGGUAUUUGGUGUCUCUGCAUAGUUACAAACAUGGAUUAUGCAGCUUAGGGUGAUGGCGUGGUGGUGUGGAUACAUGUAGGUAUGGAUAUCUGUUUAUCCGCAGUAGAUUUGAAAACUAAUAUCAUGCUGUUAGAAGGUUAUUUCCUGUUCUGGACUAGGAUACGUAUCCCAAACAAUUUCCGCUAAAAUGACUGGCCACCAUCUGCCGAAAGACCAUUUUUAUUCAUUGUGAAAUGGCCAUUAACCAUACAGACGGAAUGUAAACUCACAUUCCAUCUCCAAUCAUUUAUCUGAAAUGUCCGCACUUGGUUUUAUCCUCAGCAAUUCCAACUGCGCACAAAAGACAUUUGACAUCAUUACUCCUCUGAUGUGCAAUUUUCUAGUAAUCAUUAUUUAGCUCCGAGUAAGCUUAUAACGCUUGAAAAGACGUGACAGUGCGGUGGAGGAAGGGAUGCUUAGUAUAAUCAGAAUCUUUCAAUAAACUGGAAAGAUUGUGGUAUAAUGGAACAAUGAAUGUGGAUUAUGUCGUACAAUGUACGUGAGUUUCAUAGCAAAUCGGGAUGUACCCAAAUUCCGUAUUAUUGUGUUAACCAUACAAUGCCAUCGCCCAAAUACUAAAAACCGGCUAAUUCUCCAAACAUCUGAUCAAUCGGGCCAACAGUAAAACCUUUAUGUUAAGAUAUUUCACUGAUAUCAAAUCAAUUUCUAAUUGAUUCCAACGUUGAAGCUAUUUUUCUGAAAAUGGUACAAAUGUCGAAAUUUUACGGGUAAGGAUGAUAUUUCCUUUGGGGAAUAACAUUCAUGUACAAUGUACACGCAUAUAUAUAUACAUUAUAGAUUAUAAUGCAACAGUAUAGAUUAGAUGAUCCAUGACAUAUAGGUAGAUUUGGUAGAUUAGACGAUAAUGACAUGUUCGUUGACAUUCGGCAAGACAUCGGUAACGAGGUAGAUAAUUAAAGGCCACCACCGUUCAUUAAAAAUUGGAAAUUUGUAAUUACAUUUGAAAAUUUCCAAUUAUGAAAAUCGUAAUUAUGACGUAGUUGAUAUAAAUUGUAAUUAUGAUGUACUUAUAUAAAUUUCACCAGUGCCGCUGUGGAAACAGAUAUACAAAUACAUAUGUACUGCGGGAUGUCCUCCUGAAUACCGGUAGUCUAUCCUUUCUAUACUACAAAAGUAGCACAAUACAUUUCGAGGUCAACAAAAGGUACCAGUAGGACUAAGUAGGCCAUGGUCCCGUAUUUAUUGUGACUUGUCAUGCACAAUCUGCAAAGCGCCGCUUUGAACAUUGACUAACAAAACAUUAGAAAUACCCGCUGGUGUGGCUUACAGACUGUGACGACCUUGGCAUACAAUAACAUUCAUGAAGUAUAAAUAGCCAAUUAUAAUAACGCUGGUUGAGCAGCUCAUCUGUGGUCUACUGAAAGGUUUCAGGACAGACCGGUGUAACGUUUUUGAGUGUUUCUGUUUUUGAGUGUUUCCCCUCAUUGUUUGGGAACUCUCAAAAAUAGAUUGACAAGUUUUUCUGUGUAUCCCCCCUAUUGAAAAGUCAUGGUCUCUCUAGCUGCCUAUUGUUUGGAAACACUGAAACAUGGGGAACAACCACAGAUGUUACACCGGGGUUAAAGUGUAAAGUCGGAUGAUAACCUAUAUCGUAGUUGAUAUCAGACUAUAAACCCUAACUUUAAACUUUAAACUUUAAACAUGCAAUAUAAUGGCACCCAGGAGGCCUCUUCAAAUUGGCACCCAA